CAAUUAGACUGUGCGGUGAUUACAAACUUACAGUAAACCGCGUAUCUUUGUUAGAGCAGUAUCCAAUCCCCAAAAUUGAAGACCUUUUUGCCACAUUAUCUGGAGGGCAACAGUUUUCUAAAUUGGACAUGAGCCAUGCAUAUGCCCAAAUUCUUGUCGAUGAGGACUCAAAGAAGUACCUUACCGUGAACACGCUCAAGGGUCUUUUCACGUACAACCGCCUACCCUACGGGGUUUCCUCUGCCCCAGCUGUGUUCCAAAGGACAAUGGAGAACCUCCUGCAGGGGAUACCGAUGGUUGCAGUGUACCUAGACGACAUCUUGGUCACAGGCGAGAAUGUCCAGGCACACUUGAAGAACUUAGCUGAAGUGCUGAGUCGACUGGAGAAGGCUGGGUUACGGUUGAAGCGGACCAAAUGUGAGCUGUUGAAGGACGAAGUCUGCUACCUGGGCCACAAGGUCAGGAAGUGGACAGCAAGAGAUGUCACACUGUCUCAAGUCCACAACUACGUCCUGAGUGGAUGGCCUGAGAUAAAGGACCCCCAGCUCAUGCCAUACUACAGCAGGAAGCUGGAACUGAGUGCACAGGAUGGGUGUAUUCUCUGGGGAGCCAGAACAGUGAUCCCACAGCAGGGACGAGUUGCCCUCCUGAAGUCACUCCACCAAUCACAUCCAGGCGUUUCACGCAUGAAAGCUCUUGCUAGGUCAUAUGUAUGGUGGCCACGGAUGGACCAGGACAUAGAGAGAGAGGUGAGCAUGUGUGAGGAAUGCCAACAGAAUCGAAAAGCUCCACCAAAUGCUCCACUGCAUCCAUGGGAAUGGCCUGAGAGGCCAUGGUCCCGCAUCCACAUUGAUUACGCAGGGCCGUUUUUGGGAAGAAUGUUUUUGAUCAUUGUUGAUGCCCAUUCAAAGUGGAUCGAUGUUUACCCCACAAAUAGCUCCACAUCGCAGAUAACGAUUGAAAAGCUGCGUCACUGCUUUGCUGCCCAGGGACUCCCACAGAUAGUAGUGUCUGAUAACGGUAGCUGUUUCACAAGCUCAGAUUUUGACCAGUUUAUGACACAAAACGGGAUCCAGCACAUAACAUCUGCCCCAUUUCAUCCAUCCUCCAAUGGAUUGGCAGAACGCGCCGUGCAGACUUUUAAGGAGGGGGUGAAGAAACUGAGAGGAGGCAGCAUUGAGACCCGCGUUUCCAGGUUUUUAUUCAGCUACCGCAUCACACCCCAAGCAACAACAGGGCUGUCGCCAGCAGAAAUGCUGAUGAACAGAAGGCUCAGAUCAGCUUUUGAUCUGCUGAAGCCGGACAUCAAGUCCAAAAUACAACAAAGACAGUUGAAACAAAAAGAAAACCAUGACAAAACAACCCGACUGAGAAGGUUCAGUCCUGGAGAUGCGGUGUAUACAAGGAACUAUGGCCUGGGACCAAAAUGGGUGCCUGCUACAGUGGAGUCACCUACAGGUCCUGUUUCAUACACCGUCAUUUUGGGAAACGGCCAGAGGAUGAGGAGACAUGUCGACCAGGUGAGGGCUCGUCAUCCAGAAUCCUCAUCGUCACUGGACAAGCAGACAGAACCGCCGGAGGCCUGCAGCCGGGAGGAUGAACCUGGAACAUCAAUGCAUCAGCCAAAUGCAGAGCCGCAGCCUCCUGAUGAACAGGGGGAUCAGCAGAGUGCAGUCCCGGAGAGACUGGACUUGCCUGUUAACCCACCAGCAGAGCUGCGCCGCUCUGCCAGAGAGCGUGUGUCACCGCAACACUUGGAAGACUAUAUUAGAUAGUAGUGAGAUCAGAUCAUGUUCGAGGAAAGGCAAGAAUGCGCCUUAUGAUCUCACGGAAGACAGGCAGUCUACCCUGUACUUCCUUAGUUUAGUUACACACACAUUUAAAAAAAAAAAAAAAAAACAACAACCUUGUAUUCAUGAGAUUUUGUAUUGUUCUGAAGUGAGAUGUAGCAAUGUGAUUUUGUAGGUUUUCUACUAAGUAAGAACCAAGUUGGUAAGAAAAUGAGUUUGCAUAAUGUAAGUAUAUGCUGUUAGCUUAACGGUGAAGGAGUGUAGUAACCUGUUGUUAAUACAAGUCCACUAGGUGGCACUAUAGCUAGACUAUCACGAGUAUUGCUGCUGUGUUAACGUGGCGACGUAGAAGAAGUUUUACC